AUGCGCUGCGUCACGCUCACGAACAGCCGUGCGCAAGGCGAGUUCAAGGCGGGUGAGAGGGAGGGGCGCGGCGUCUUCGGGUUCGCCAGCGGCAACGUGGAGUCGGGCUUCUGCAAGCAGGAUGCGCGCGUCGGCGAGGGCGUCAGGUGGAAGGCGGACGGGCGGCGGGCGGUGCGGCUGCGUGACGGGAAGGGAGUGGAGUACAUCUCGCUGGAGGAGGCGCGGCAGACCGCCGAGCGGCUCGGGCUCCCCCUCCCCUCCCCGCUGCCCGGCGCGUGA